AUGCUCAGUGCGGCGGGCGCUUCCGCGUGCGGGUUCCGCUCGCCGCGUUUUCCGAGCGGCCGCGGGGGCCGGCCCGGCGUGCGGCUGCGAGACAGUCGCUCUCCGGGGGCGGCGGUGCGCGGAGGACGGGCCGGGGCCGGCCGCUGGAGGCCGGUCUGUCAGCGCGGACUCGCAGCUGAGGCUGAGGGCCGGUCUGUCAGCGCGGCCUCGCGGCUGAGGCUGAGGGCCGGUCUGUCAGCGCGGCCUCGCCGGUCCGGGCCGCUCUGUCAGCGCGGCCUCGCGGCUGAAGCUGAGGGCCGGUCUGUCAGCGCAGCCUAG